CAGGAAAUGAUGUUCGUCUAUGCCUUGCUCCUCGCCGUGGGGUUGCCACUGGUGGAUGUGAAUAGAACCAUAGGACCUCCCCCCCAGGGGAGGGCGCGCUGGACCUAUAAUUUGACAUGCCAUUACUGUUGAACCAUAAACAACUUCAGAUGUACAGCCAUUAAAACAUGUCCCUAUGACGUCAGACGCUGUCUGAUCGUCUCGAUUCGUUUGAACUUUCGUGAACUACUCGUUUACAAGGACUGUACGUACAAUUGCACAUUUUUAUAUCCAUCCCAAGUGCCUCCUGAAGCCCCAAGAGUAAUAAGAACCAAUAAUUUCUAUUUUGUUCGUUGUUGUGGUUCUAGGACUUGCAAUGAAGGAGGACCUACUAAUAUUGAGAGGGACAUCUUACCCGAUGAAGUAAUUGAGGAGGAGAUAGAAGGAACGGUGCGCUUGGGGGAGUCCAAAUUUUUCCUGAGCUUUGCUUCCAUCCUAGUCAGUAAUAUCCUGACAUGAGAAGCCCUCUUUGGAGGGUCUGAUCAUCUCCCUCCAUUUCUCAGAGCCAGUUCGCUCUCCUUUGCUCGCUUGUGAACCAGAGACACUGAUCCACGGGGUCCCCAGCUGGCCAGUUUCUCGUUUUUGGCUUAUUUCAAGAGAGAAAUAAAGAAUGUUAUGGUUUAGGUA